UAUUUCUAGAAAAACAACUAAUAAAAAAGAAAAUAAUAUUGCACCAAGUAGGCAAGAAGUGAUGUCGGAACGCAAAGAAGAAAAAAAGUGGAAAAGCGAUAUUUGAUUACUUGUUUCUUGUUUUAACAGUUAACGUAGAAAAUUAAAGAAAUUUCCUCAUAAAAAUCUGGCACUAUUUAAUUGAGAAGUUUUUAAUUCCAAUAAUAAAUUAGACAAAUUUAUAUGUGAAAAAUAUUCUAUACAAUUUGGAUACAAAAUCUGGGCGUAAAUGUUGAGUUAAUUGUUGAAAUUACUGGAAAAAAACAAAGAAACAGUUUCUGGAUAUUAAACGUGGACUUAAUUGCGUGUAAAACUGAAUAAAAAUAAUAAAUAUAUUUGUAUAUAUCUGAAAUGAUGGUGGAAUCAUCGGACGGAAGCACUACUGACGCAACUCGCCGACUAAAUGCCAAAAAACAAACACUGGACGAUGCUUACGCAGUGCCAGCAAACUUUCUCGAAAUUGACGUGGUUAAUCCGCUAACUACGAUGGCUGCAGGAAAGAAACGUUACACCGACUAUGAAGUCCGCAUGAGGACAAAUUUACCGGUUUUUAAAGUCAAAGAAUCCAGCGUACGACGACGUUAUAGUGACUUUGAAUGGCUCCGAAAUGAAUUGGAACGUGAUAGUAAGAUUGUUGUACCACCAUUGCCUGGCAAAGCCUGGAAACGACAAAUGCCAUUUCGAGGCGAUGAAGGCAUUUUCGAUGAAAAUUUCAUAGAAGAGCGACGAAAAGGCCUCGAAGCGUUUAUCAAUAAAAUUGCCGGACAUCCGUUGGCGCAAAAUGAACGAUGCUUGCAUAUGUUUUUGCAGGAAAAUGUUAUUGAUAAAAACUAUGUCCCUGGAAAAAUUCGCAAUACAUAAAAGAUAACGAAUGAUUUCGCAUGAGAAUUUAUGUAGAGCGUGUAAAGAGAGCGAGGAUGUUGUUGCUCAGAAAGUGUAUCAAAAUUUAAGUUUUUUUUUUUAAAUAGUGCUAGUUAAAAUAUAUACAAUAUUAAACUCUUUUGAGAUAUUCUA